GCCGGACAGAGAACAUGUCUUCCGUUUGCCGGACGUCUGGCCACCCUAUAUACGAAAAAUCAAAAUUUAAAAAUCAAUUUAAUUGAAAAUCAAGUCAUUUUGCAGAAAAAAUUAUAUAUUACUUGUUCUACUUUUUUUUUUUUGCUGAAAGAGGCAAUACGCAACUUAAUAACUUAACCAAGAUACUCAACUUAACUAAGGGCACUAUUCAAAGGUUACGAAUUUUUUUGGCACCGUGUCAACGGAAGGCAAAUGUCAACAAUGUGUCAUACAUGGAGUGGUUGGAAAGUCCCGAAGAAAAACUUCGAGAAGCGGCUUCUAACGGAGAUAAAGAUUUACUAAACAAGCUUAUUACUAAUGGGGCACAAAUCAACUCUCAAAAUAAAAUGAAUGGAUGGACAGCUUUGCACUGGGCAUCUAAGAGAGGGCAUUUCGAAUUAGUUUGUAUUUUACUACACCAUCGUGCAGAACCCUCCAUAAAAAACUUUAAUGGUGAAACAGCUGCUGACGUCGCAUUUAAUGAAAAAAUAAAACAGUAUAUAAUCUCCAAAAUAACCAACAUCUGGUCCCAAAAUUUCACUGAAGACAAAUAUGUUCAAACAGAAGCUUUGCAUAAUAACGAAUUAAUAUCUGUUAUUACCACCAACGUCAUCAGUGCCCCGGAACUAGUACUUAAGAUCAAAGAGGUAAAGCAAACUGAUUUUAUAGAAAUUGAGUUAGACUUGAGUAAUUUAACAUAUCAAAAUUUGAUAGAUACAUGUGCUUAUGAAUUGAAAUUAAAAUCUAGUCACGAUAUUUCAAAAGUUCGAAAGCUUCCGAAUACGAUUAUUAGGAAAGACAAAGACGUAAAAAGACUUAAUCAGUUCCAGGAAAUCGAGAUUGAGACGAAUUGAAAAACGAAUAAUAUAAAAUGUGUUCUGUUAGCGUAUGAACUUUAAAUUUAAGAAUCUUAGGACAUGAAA